AACGAUGAAAAAGUUCAUUUUACCUCAGUCAACUACCAAUUUUCUCGCUCAGACAUACAGAAUUACAGAGUCGAAGUGCGCUGUGGCCUGUGGACUCUCCCCUCCCCAACUCCGGCGAAGGGAGCAGAAACGUUGGCGUGUUGGUUGGGUGGCGUCGGCAUGGACGAGGCAACGAAGAAGAAUGUGGAGGCUACGGUGCUGGAGAUCCUCCGGGGCUCCGAUAUGGAGUCCGUGACGGAGUACAAGGUCCGCGCCGCUGCCAGCGACCGCCUCGGCAUCGACCUCUCCAUACCCGACCGCAAGCUCUUCGUCCGCGGCGUCGUUGAGGAAUACCUACUUUCACUCUCCUCCAAGGAGGAGGCGAAGGCGGAGGAGGAGGGCGUCACUGGCAGGGAGAGCAAGGGCAAGGAACACGAAGAGGAGGACGAAGAGGAUGACGAUGAGGAGGAGGAUGAAGGUAAGGGUGGCGGGAAGAGAGAGUACGAUGACCAAGGUGACCUUAUCCUGUGCCGCCUUUCGAGCAAGAGGAGGGUGACUUUAUCGGAGUUUAAGGGCAGGUCGUUGGUGUCCAUCCGCGAGUUCUACGUGAAGGACGGCAAGGAGAUGCCCUCCGCCAAAGCAUUACGUUCAGUAUACCCCUGUUGAAUCAGCACCCCUGCCUACCGAAAUUUGGAUUGAUUUAAAGAAAAAUCUGAGGAAAUCAUUUCAACAGGCUAGCUGAUCUGCAAAAGUAUCAGUAUGACUUUGGAGCAGUGGGAAGCAUUUUGCAAUGCUGUACCUGCAAUAGAGGAUGCCAUCAAAAAGCUUGAAGAUUCAGACUGAACUGGUUUUAAGAGCCUCUUCUUAUGCCCGUGUCAAAUGAAAAAGCCUGGGAAGCAUUUCGCAAUGCUGUAUCUGCAAUAGAUGAUGCAUGAAAAAGCUUGAAGAUUCAGACAGAACUGGUUUAGGAGCCUCUUAUUUUGCCUGUAUCAAAUAAAAAAGCCUAUUUCUGACCCUUAACGAGGGCCAUAUAUGUGUCUUGCAAGAGCUAAGUUCUGUAAAAGAUUUCUACAUGUACCAUGUGUAGGAGUUAGGAUAGAGUGAUAGACGUACUGCUGCAUACAGUUCGGAAUAUUUGCUAGUAACAAGUAAUCUACCAUUAGGUGGCCUGGAGUUCACAUGCUAUGCUAUGUGAUGAUCGGGGAUGUGUCCUAGCAAUAGCAAGCUCAUGAAGUUGUUUCUCCCCCCUUUUUUUUUCUGUGUAUUAGGGUUAGUUUGACAACCUCAUUUCCUCAGGGAUUUCUAUUUUCUCAAGGAGAUUUUUUUUUUAAAAAAAUAGAGUUGCCAAACUAGCCUUUA